GUUUCCAUUGGAAGAUUGGGGAAAUGCACGAGACAAGGGGAUGUUCGAGAAGGCACGGUUUAUGAUAAAGCUCCCUGUCAGCGAGUACGCGAGGCUACUGAGAGGGAAGGGGAGGGUAUUUGUGUGGUGGGUGCAUCCUCUAAGAAUGAUGAUUAUGGGGGGUAUGGCAAAGCGAGCGUCGAAUAAACUUGGGGCGAUAAUCACCAAAAGAGAAGGGGGAGAGAAGAGCGGGGAAGAAGUGGACGAAGAAACACUUGGGGGGUUGGUGACGCUUGGCAAGUUUAUAAACGAGGUGGUGAAAGCGACGAAGGUGAUAUUGUCUGAUAAGGAGCUUACUGUCACAGACAUGUAUCUCACUGAGAUGACCGAGGCUGAACAAAAGUACGAUGGCAAGUGUUGUCUGGUAUGGUUUUGAACGAAGACUAACUUGAUUCUAAUGCAG